AUGUUACAAGGUGCUCAAUCUGUUUAUAUCACUACUAAUUUGUGGUCAUCAUGCAAUGAUGAACCAUAUAUUGGUAUUACAGCUGGAUGGUUAAAUCCUAUCGAUUGGACCCUUAAAGAAGCUCUAUUAGCUUGUGAAAAAAUUAAUGGAAAACACACUGAUAAUGGUCCUAAUAUUGUAAAAGCCAUUUAA